CCAAUAUUCUUUCUCUCCGGCUAUAUAGGCGGCCUACAGAUGACUGAGACUCGCGCUGACUCACAAGAGGCUAAUGUCGAUGUAGCCCUGCAGCCCGUGUCCUGGUUCCCACCAGGCGUUGUUCUUGUUACCAACACCGUCGGUUGCGGGCCGCCGCUUCCCCACUCGACCCCGACCAGCCUGGCCGGAUCAUCCGCGGAUCAUCCACGGUCCUCAACACGUAUAUUCAGCUCUUACUCUGGAACUUACCACCAUAAUCUGAAAGGCACUUCAAAGAAAACUGUGAAGAUUCAAUCCACAUAGCCCUUUUCCUACCGACCGACCGGAUUAUCCGAAGCAUUUUGAAUCAGCUUCCCUCACGUGCGCCCAUGAAGCGUAGGGCCGACAACUCUUCGGCUCCGGCCCGCCGGCAGCCACAGACGUCGUGCGACUCAUGCCGCCAGAAGAAGCUCAAGUGCGACAGAGAACAGCCAUGUGGAAGCUGCCGCGCGCGUGGCCUGCAAUGCAGCAUCGCGUCCGGCCUGAGUGUCGACCAUGGUGGCUCCAUAGCGGAAGUCCUCGCUCGCCUGGCCGCGCUGGAGCAGACCGUACUACUCAGCAAGACGACGGAUCCGCCGGCUGAUCCUAUAAACUUGAGCCGGCAAAGUCGGGCCAUCCCUCAGCCACUAACACCGCCUGUGUUGUCAAGCCGGGAACGGCGAGGCCAGCAGACUGCCGAUUUCUUCAAUGCUGCGUAUGACGGGAGCCUGCGGGCGACGACCUCCCGGGCGAGGAGGAGUCUCUGCCUGGACAUUCAAGUUGUCCACGGGCACCGGGAGAUCGUCGAGGCUGGAGGCCCACGUCCCGGCCCUUCGCGAAUACCCGUGUCGCUCGUCUCUCGGCAGGGAGCCGUGGCCAUGGUGCAUGACUUUGUCGACAAUGCCUACCACUCGUUGCCCAUCAUCCACAUUGCCUCGACUUUGACCGUCGUCAAGAAGGUCUACGACAUGCUCGGAUCGCCCGGUGGCGGGAAUGCUGUCAGUCCGGACCAUGUAGCCCUCAUCCUCGCUAUCUGUGCGGCCUGCGCCUUCUUCUGGACCGGGAAGGUGCCUUGCCGCCACAGGUUCGAGAGCGAGCAGAUCGCCGUCCAGGCGUCUCGGGUAUGGAUCGCGUCGGCUCUCGAGGUCUUGCACGGUGCUGAGCGGCUGGGCAGCGUGUCGCUCGAGGGCGCCCAGGCCUAUGCUCUCGUGGCACACCUCGUCUACAAUACCGAGGGCCCAUCCAGCCGUUUCUACAGGCUCCACACGGCGUCGGUGACGGCUUGUCGCGAGCUCGGAGUUCACCAGGUCGAUAAUGGCCGAGGUAGUCAGCCUCGAGACGAUGCGGCGACGCGCGAGAUCAAGCGGAGGCUUUGGUGGCAUGUCACUGCGACGGACUGGAUGUUGGGCUUCAACUGUGGGCGCCUGGACGGGACUUACACGGUGCAACCACGCCAGAUGAAAGUGGCGCUCCCUCGCAAUCUCAACGACAAAGACCUCUCUAUCGACUCGGACGUGCUGACCUACCCGCCCGGUUUCGCGACCCAGGCCAGCUGUCUGCUCCAGGUCGUCCGGCUGGCCGAGAUCAGCCGCGAAGUGAUUGACGCACUGAACGUGGAGGACAACGACACCCUCGACAGAGCCUACAACGACCGUGUGCUCGCACUCGACAGGCUAUUCAGGGACGCCAUGGACGGCUUCCCCGCGCCGCUGAAGCUCGGGGCGCCCAUAUCCGGCGACGCUCCCAGGUUUCUCUGCCUGCAGCGGGCCGGCAUCCACCUGGGCUUCCACUCGCGCCGGGCUCGCCUGCACCGGCCGUUCCUACUGCUGGGGAAGGAGGCAUUUGGCGGUGGCGGCGAUGAUGAUGGUGGCUCGGAAUGCGGCUCCUUCCAGACCUCUCGAGAGGUAUGCGUGAGCUCGGCGAGAACCGUGCUGGACAUUUCGCUGGACCUGCUAGAACACUCUCUGUUACGGCGUAGAGGGGGUGGACCACCACCACCACCACCACUGGACAGUCGCCGGCGGCCGCGGCCAUCGUCAGCGACUCGCCUGCAGCAUCCCGGGCACGAGGACUGCCCUGGGGCCCCUGUCCACCGCCUCGGCAUCGUCAUCAACCAUUUAUUCUGGGCCUGCGCGAUUCUCGCCUUCGACUCGGGUGGUGGUGUGCGAGCACAGCCGCUGCCGCCGCCGUCACAGCCGCCGCGAGAGCACGGUGCAGCAGAGCGAUUACAGGCAACGGCCAUGGCCGACGGGCCAGACCACGACGCCGACGAUAACGCCGAGGUGCAAGACGCGCUGGCCUACGUGUGCCGGCUGCUUGCCGCCGCGGCCGAGGAGUCGACGGUCGCCGCGGAGCUCGUCCGCGGGAUGAAGGACGUGCUUGGUCGGUUCCGCAUCCGCGGUGUGGGUGGUAGUCGUGACUACGCGGCUGCGUCCGGAGGAGGAGGAGGCGGCGAGGAAGAGGAGGUGGAGGAGGACUACAAGCGCCAUGGCACUGCUGGCGAUUUGCUCACCUCCACUACCACCACCACCGGCCCUCGAGAUUCUGAGGCAUCCACCAAACUAGCCGUGGAUACACCGAGCGCAGCUUUGCCAAACCCAGCUGAAGCAGCAGCAGCAGCAGCAGGCUCGUGGCCAGGCAUGCUUCCUGAUGUUCCUUUCUUGAUGGAUAACCACGCUCCGGCGUCGGACCUGAUGAUGUUGGAUUCCAACGACGGGUUCGGACUUGACAGCUUCAUGGACAGCUUCUUCAGCUCGUCGUAUAUCCCGGAUCUUGAUUGGGCUCUGAUUACUGCCGAGCUCGAUAUGUUCCAUGGUUGAUGAUCUUGCAGAGUUAACCGUGGUAGGUUAUGGCGUUUCGGUAGCUACGGGGACCAUGGUGAUAAUGAGCAGGCACGCAACGCUACCGGGGGGGG